GUGAUUGGAAAACAAUAAUGAGUAUUAUUGUAAAAUAUUUGAUUAAUUUAAAGUAUAGAAAUUUAAAUUUCACUAAUAUAGAAUUCCUUACUCUCGCACCCAGAGCUUCCUCCUCUCCCUCUCUAUCCUUCAGAACUCUCUUCCUCGCUCGCUGAGUAUUGAUAAUGGCAACCACUGCCUGUUUCAUCAUUGUUAGCAGAAAUGAUAUUCCUAUAUAUGAAGCUGAAGUUGGAGUAGCUGCUAAAAGAGAGGAUGCUGCUCAGCUGCAUCAAUUUAUCCUCCAUGCUGCUUUGGAUAUUGUUCAGGACCUCGCAUGGACUACUAGUGCUAUGUACUUGAAAUCGGUAGACAGGUUUAAUGAGCUUAUGGUGUCCGUGUAUGUUACAGCUGGUCAUACCAGGUUGAUGUUGCUACAUGACUCUCGUAAUGAUGAUGGCAUUAAAAGUUUCUUCCAAGAGGUGCACGAGCUUUACAUAAAGACUCUCCUCAAUCCCCUGUACUUGCCUGGCUCUCGGAUCACGUCGUCCCAUUUUGAUACCAAAGUCCGAGCUCUUGCACGAAAGUAUUUGUAGAAAUUACUAAUGUUUCUGUCUGUGGUUUGAUUCUUGUCUUGUUCGUUGUUGAUUAGAUUUGAAAAUCUGUCUCUCUUUAACCUUUUAUCCAUGAUUUGGAAGCAAGGGUAGGUUUAUUGUUGUCUAUAGUGUACCUCAGUCAUAUGCAGGUGAUGGCUGUUUUUGCUAAUGAAAGCUAUUGUUCACAAACUAUUCGAUAUUUCGAUUGCUAGUGACUUCAUUUGUAAUAAUAUUAAUCUUGUACUUAAUGCUCAAUUAUUUCAUUUUAUGCAGUAAAAA